UAACCACCGUCAAAAAUCAAAAUGAAGAAGAAAACCCAUCAACGUAGAAGAAGAGGGUGGAGGCCUGCUUAAAAUCCAACGAGCAAAAAAACAACAACGCUAGCGUUAAUAUUGACUGGUUUUGUCCAUCGAUGAGGUUGUGAACGCCUCUGUGUUUGGGACAUUGCUCAAGAUGCAGCACAAUAAUAUGAAUCUAUAGAGUAUCAUGUUGAGAUACUCUGACACAGGCAUACUACCUGACAAUAGUUAACAGACAUGCCGUGGUGCCUAAACACCAAGCAGAAAUAUAAUUUUUAGACGUCACACAGUGUAUGCCAAACUGCAUUCUCACUUUUUUUUUUUAAAUUAGCAUCAGAGAACAGUUCCUUCUGGUAAACACAGGCUCAAAUCAAGCUUUCUUCAUCUAGACCAUGGUGGACAAUCGCUAUGCCACAGCUUUGGUCAUCGGCUCGGUGCUGAGCCUGCUGGCGACAGUCUAUCUCUCUGUUGCUGUGGGAACGCAGCACUGGUACCAGUACAGCUGUCCACCAGUCAAAAGGGAGGGGGGCAACGCCUCCGAGCUCAGAGAGGAGUUCAUCAAAGGAGAGUUUGAUGAGAAGACUUACAGUGAAACCAUGUUCCGCCUGAACGGCACCCUGGGACUGUGGUGGAGGUGUAUACUGGUGCCCAGCCAGUCCCACUGGUUCAAAGAGCCAGGUAUGGCAGAUCCGAGGAUGGAGACGCAGUGUGUGAGCUUCACUCUUGCUCAGCAGUUUAGUCCAAAGUACAAAUACCGUGACAACGAAGAGGAUCUGCUGAGAACAUACUUGUGGAGGAGCCAGUUUCUCCUACCCUUGGUGUCUCUGGCUUUGGUGUUCCUUGGUGGCCUUGUUGGGGUCUGUGCCUGCCUGUGCCGCAGCUUCACCCCCACCUUGGGUGUGGGGGUGCUCCAUCUACUCGCAGGUCUUUGCACUCUGGGCACGGUCUGCUGUUUCCUGGCCGGUGUGGAUUUGCUCCAACGGUAUUUGCCACCACCACAAGGGGUGGAGGGCUCGUUGGGCUGGUCCCUCUAUCUCGCCCUCAUCUCCUUUCCUCUGCAGAUGAUGGCAGCUGCUUUGUUCCUUUGGGCGGCCAGGAGUCACCGCAAAAACUAUACCCGCAUGACUGCUUACAGGGUAGCCUAGAGAGAGACUUAUACAACCACUUCCCUUAAAACAGCCUGAGGAUUUUCUAAUCUAAAAAUUCAAAAAAAAAAAAAAAGGUUUCUGGUUAAGGACUGUAUUUGUUAUAACUUUCCACUUCUUCUGUAACAAUCUUUAAAUACAAAAAAAAAACAAUGACAUGAAACCACAAACCAUUUACCAGCUAAUCAUCAUUAGUGCUCAUAAUCAGGGGUUUAAAACCUUUGGGUUAUUUUGGGUAACCAUUUAUUUUAUAGCGUCUCUAACGUGUAUCUUACCCAAAGCAUGUUCUUUAAUGUAUUUUAAUACCCACAUAUUGUGGAUCAUUUGUUGUGUUAACUGUUUUGUGUGUGUGUGCCAUAAAUAAAUGCCUUCUUUUCUGUUGCCAUUGAUUCCAUAGCUGCUCACCACAUUGCCCUUAAAUCAGUUAUAGAUUAUAAACUUGCACAAAGGUUUCAGACAUGCAGUCAUGUAAGUCAGGGUAGCUUUCUAAAGUAGUGCAUGGAAAAUAUUACAAUAGCCUAAUUAUUAUAGGCUUAUUAUUAUAGAAAAAAAAAAUGUCAUGGUUUAUUUUUGCAUAAUCUUAACUAUUGAGCCUUUCCUGUGCAUGCCUUUUUAAGGUGACAUUUCUGUCAUCUGUGGUAAUUGUUGAUUUCAGUCUGUGGUAUGUGUUGACUAAAUGUAACCACUAAUCUCCCUGUCCCUCGUAUUUACAGACCUAAUAUUUAUUAA